ACCUCGAUCUCAUUCGAAUUUUCGGACCGUUAAGGCCCGUUGCAGACAAGGUAACCGUUAAGAUUCAAAAAAGAAAAACAAGAAGAAACUCCCACUUCAGUUGCCCAAUGCCCAAUACCCCACACACAUCUUUUGCUUCAAAUCCAAAACAGAGAGACAGAGACAGGGAAGAAACCAGAGACGAAAACCCCACUCGUCAAUGGGCUGCGUUUCAUCCAAACUGUUCAAGAAAGAUCUCAUCAAAGAAGACGUCAUAAUCAACAAUGGCGGCGACUACGUGAUCAACCACGUGGUCUCUCUUACUUCAAGCACUUAUGGGGUUCUGAAUUUGGAAAAUGAGCGACCCAUCAAAGAAUGCGUUGCGGAGAGCAAGAGGGCCAUGAAGUCUUCGCCUUCCCGUGAAGAUCCAGAGGUUAUCAACGCUUGGGAACUUAUGGAGGGCCUUGAAGAAGCAAUACCCAUUUCGAAUUCGGCAAAGAAGAGCCCGAAAUCGCGUGCUCUGCUUCGUGGAUUUGCCGAUUUUGAUGCCAGGACUCCGUUUAAGUUGCUGAAUCAGAUUGGGUCUCCGAUGAAAUUGAAGAGAUUUGGAGGGAAAGAGAACAGAGGGAGAGUGAUUCAUGGGUUGGGUUAUAGCCCGAAACAGGUGCUGAAACCGAACAAUGGCGGCGAGAAUUCUUGUAAGAAGGCGUUGAAUUUGAGUCCGGAAGUAAAAGGGUCGCCUAUUUCUGCGAUAAGGCGGAGUUUUGGCAGUGAUUCGUCGAGGAGGAAGAGUUUUAGUCCCCUGUUUGAUCCGGAACUUGUUGCUUCUUACGAAAAAGAAAUGUCUGAAGAGGAAGAACAGAUCAAGAGGAUGGUCCCGCCGUCCCCAAAAGCCCGAAAGUUGAGGAAUUCUUCCCGGGAUUCCGAGUCCAUGCUGAGGUUGUUUGAGAAAAAAUGCCCACCAGGUGGUGAAAAUGCUGUUGUUGUUUACACAACAACAUUGAGAGGAAUUAGGAAGACUUUUGAGGACUGCAACAAUGUGAGGUCCAUCAUUGAGUCACACCUUGUUCAUGUCCUCGAGCGCGACAUAUCGAUGGAUUCGGGGUUCAAGGAGGAGAUAAGGGGGCUAAUGGGGACCAAGGAUGUAAAGGUUCCACUUGUAUUUGUGAAAGGGAGGCUGAUUGGUGGAGCUGAUGAGAUUGUGAAGUUGGAAGAGGAAGGGAAGCUUGGGGUUUUGUUUCAUGGGAUUCCAACGGCACUUGUCGGGUGCCAGGGAUGUGCUGGGAUGAGGUUUGUGAUGUGCAUGGAAUGCAAUGGAAGCUGCAAGGUUUUGGAUGAGGGCCAAAAGAAGAUGGUGAAAUGUGGUGAGUGCAAUGAAAAUGGUUUAAUUCAUUGCCCCAUUUGUUGCUAAUGUAGCUGCGUUGACAUUUGAAGAUUUGAGUAUUUGUUCUUGGAUUCUUGGAUUCUUGGAUCCUUGGAUUUGUUUGAGAUUUUGGGUUUUAUACUAAUCUUUGGUUUCUGAAGGCAGAAGCAGAACACAGAUUUUUAAUUCAAGAAGCAGCUUUUUUUACUUUGGGAAGUGGGGUUCUAAAGUGGGUUUUAGGCCCCCUUCUGCUGGCCUUGUAAUUCUAGAUUGCUUUCUCUCAUCCUGACUAGUUUCUUUUUACACGCAUGUUUUUAGAAGUUCAAAUUUUGUUAUGUAAGUAUGCUCGAUUUGGCAUGGAUGUGCUUCUUUUUAAUUGGGAAUUUGAUAUACAGAACUUCUACUAGAUUGAGGA